ACUCACCGGCCUGCCUUUCCUCCCCUCCCCCGGCCGAGUCUUUCUUUCACUUCCGGUCCUUCCCAUGUAUCCUUCCGACAGGAAAGUCUCCCUGUACGGCGUUUAGACUCUUCAGUUCCUGUCAGGGUGUUCCUUGCCUGAGGCUGUGAAGCUUCCUGGACCCGGGCCGUGCGGCCCGGGAGCGGCGCCCUCACCGGCACCAUGGCCCGAAAUGCAGAAAAGGCCAUGACGGCCUUAGCGAGAUUUCGCCAAGCUCAACUGGAAGAGGGAAAAGUAAAGGAACGAAGGCCCUUUCUUGCCUCAGAAUGUACUGAGCUGCCCAAGGCUGAGAAGUGGAGACGACAGAUUAUUGGAGAGAUCUCUAAAAAAGUAGCUCAAAUUCAAAAUGCUGGUCUAGGUGAAUUCCGAAUUCGUGAUCUGAAUGAUGAAAUUAACAAACUGCUAAGAGAAAAAGGACACUGGGAGGUCCGGAUAAAGGAGCUGGGCGGCCCUGAUUAUGGGAAAGUUGGCCCUAAAAUGCUGGAUCAUGAAGGGAAAGAAGUCCCAGGAAACCGAGGUUACAAAUAUUUUGGAGCAGCCAAGGAUUUGCCUGGUGUUAGAGAGCUAUUUGAAAAAGAGCCUCUUCCCCCUCCAAGAAAGACACGAGCUGAACUCAUGAAAGCAAUCGAUUUUGAGUACUACGGUUACCUUGAUGAAGAUGACGGUGUUAUUGUGCCUUUGGAACAGGAGUAUGAAAAGAAAUUCAGAGCUGAAUUAGUGGAGAAGUGGAAAGUUGAGAGAGAGGCCCGGCUGGCAAGAGGAGAAAAAGAAGAAGAGGAAGAGGAGGAAGAAGAGAUCAACAUCUAUGCUGUCAACGAGGAAGAGUCUGAUGAGGAGGGCAGCCAGGAAAAAGGAGGGGAAGAUGGGCAGCAGAAGUUCAUCGCUCAUGUGCCAGUGCCAUCCCAGCAAGAGAUCGAGGAGGCACUUGUACGCAGGAAGAAGAUGGAACUCCUCCAGAAGUAUGCAAGUGAGACCCUGCAGGCACAGAGUGAAGAAGCCAAAAGGCUCCUGGGAUAUUAGCACCCGGCCAGGCCGAUGAUUGGAGUCUGGAGGAUCUUGUGGGAGUCCUUCUGUCCCCUCCGCUGACUGCCUGCGUUGACCUGCAAGAUCACUGCCUGCUCGGGCACUCGGGCGCUGGAGAGAGGCAGGCAGGCGCCACAGGGCAUUGUGCUCUUGGCCACUGUUCAUUUUCUUCUGACCUUUUACCUCACGUACUGAUCCCUGCAGAGGGUCUGUCCCUCACUUCCCUGGUAGGCUGUCUAGGGCUGAUAUUCUGUACAAAUAUUUUGCCACUGUAGGCAUCCAUUCAUAUUUUAGACUUUGUAAAACAGGUUGCUAACUGGCUGCCCAAAAGUGUUUUAUUUAGCCUUGGACUGUGAUUUGGGGUAGGGGGAGAAGAGGGAAUCAAUUAGUGGCCACCAUUAAAAAAUGUAAUUUUUCAUAAAAACCUGAAUAACUUCUCUUGAAAAAUGAGAAGCUGGGUUGUCCUGGACCCCAUAUUUCCCCUUGUCAACUAGACAUCAGCCACAGCAGUCCCUUUUGGACCAGGAUGUGUGCUCAGUUCUCUGAGAGCCCCACUCAGCCGGUUUCAUGCAUUCCUGCCUGUUUAGGAGGAGCUUGAGGUUGCUACUUGUUUUAUAACCUGUUCUGAAGAGAACUAUUUUUAUUAAAAGAUUUUUCUAUUAAAGGGAAAUCUCCACGUCUCAGACUUCUCCCUGGGCUGACUGUUCCGAAGCAAUGGUUACAUUGGAAUGGGAGGUUCAGGGUCACUUUGAAAGGGCAUAGGCAUCCUGCUGGGGAGUUGCCCAAAACACAGAAGCAUCACACAAGCCCCCUGUGGAGGGAGGGAUGGAAUCAAAUCCCAGACCUCAUUUGGAGCUGAGGCAGGUGGACCCCACUCCAUCCUCCCUGGGGACUCGUGGCCAUAGCUGUAGACCAGGCUGAAGGUUGACCCCUCCAGGGGUGUUGGCCCAGGGCCUUCAGUGCAUUGACAGAUGUGAAACUACAGAGUAGACUCCAAGGAACACAAGUCGAAUCCCAAUCUUCAGACUGAGCAGAGUCUUUUGUUUCAGACCCUCUCCUUUUAAGUGGGGAGACCCUGUCACAGAAGCUGCAGCCUCUGGGGCAUCUGCACCUCCUGGAGGGGUCACGGGAGAGUCUGGGAGCUUGGGGUCAGCACCGGGUGGCUGUCCUUUGGGUGUAAGACCCCAGCUCAGGCUUUGUGAACAGGGGCUCCUGGCCUGGAGGAGGCCAUGUCACACUGAGAAUUUAGAUUCUUCAGGUAGGUUGGGCAAUGGUCUGCCUGCUGGGAAGUUCCUAGUGGGCUUCUGAGCCGUCGCCUGUGGAAGGGUGAAGUGAUCUCAUCCCUGUGGGAUCUGCGUUAGAGAGCUCCCUGCAGCCACAGUGAGUGGACCAGAGGCCCAGGCCAGAGGUGGUCUGGCUGGUUGGGAGGGAUUUUAGAGCUGAGAGGCAGCCAGGCUCGACAGAAUUUGGGUCC